AUGUCUUCUCCACGAGAGUCGUCACCGGCAAUCCAAUCCCCCGCAUCAUCUCCAGGUCAAUUGACCCCAAGAUCAAAAGUCAAGGCCCUUCUCGCGUCUCUCGAUAAAGAUUCAGAUGAUGAGAGUGUAUCCGAUUUGGCACGCGAGAGAGUCACGGCGAUCCUCUCUAAACCUUCCCCUUCUAAAGCGAAUUCUCCUCAACCCAGAGCCGGUUCUGUUGGUGGUGACACCCAAACAGAUGAUGAGGAGGACGAGAUUGUGCGCCCAAAGGGUAGAUUAGCAUCGCGAAUGCAAGUCAACGGGGAUAGCUCCGACGAAGAUGUUUUUACGGAAGCUUUACGAAGGCGUGGAGGGAGCCCAGACUCAUCGCCUCAAAACACCUUGGAACUUGGGGCAGAAAAAGAGACUGCAGAUAUCAAUGACGAAAGUGAUGGUCCAGUGAUUUCAAGGAAGAGGAAACUCCGUACUGGCCGUACCGAAACGCCAAAAUCGAGCCCAGCAAAACAAACACCGUCCCCGGGCUUGUUCGUCUCGCCAUCCGCGGAUCACCUUACGAGAAAUUCUGCAGAUGAGGACUCUGACGCAGAUCUGCCAGCCCCUCAUAAUGCACGAUUUUUGGCUCUCGUUCAAAAACAACGUGAACAACGCUUAGCUCGUGAGGCAGAGCAGGAAAAGCAGAAAGCAACUAGAAUGGCGGAGAGGAAGAAGCAAAACAGAGAUAUGGAGGAGGACGACGAUGAUAUUAGCGAUACUGCUGAACGGCGCUUUACGCAGCCGACACGUAAAGCAAGCAAAAAGGCACAGGAGGAGAUUCGUCGGGAAACGCAACGAAUGAGCCGAAACCAGCAAUUAGCUUACAAUGCUAUCACUAAGAAGAAAUACGCAAAAUCGGAUUUUCUAGCGAAGUUCAACUUUACCGUCAAGAAGGAAACCCAUGAUUCUAUUCUACCUACCAGUUCCAGCUCUCCUGCACAUCUCUCGGAUACCGAAAUGAAGGAAACACCACCAACGUCGCCCGCAUCGCCUGGAAACUCUGUAAAGUUAACAGAAGCGUUGGAAGCAACCAAUCCCGUGAACGUGACAAAUGCAAAUGACGAAGAAAAGUUACCUUCUCUUGAGGAUGCUGUUGCAAUGCACUCUUCUCCCCUACGUCGAUUGGACAAAAGUAAAGGGCGAGCAAUUGAGGAGCAAGUUCCCCAACCGGAGAUAUCGAAGAAGCUUUCAGGAUUGACUCAGCGUCCUAUACGAAUCCAAGCCCAUAAUUUCCAAGCACGGGCUGUGAGUUUAGAUGACUCCGACAGCGACCUAGAAAUUGUCGCUACCAAAUCACCCAACCGGCAAAGAAGGAAGAUUGAUUCUAUAUUCAAUCGAAUUCCGGUGAAGCAGUCCAAGGAGUCACACUCUAUGCAUGCUCUGCGCAUGUUGGCUCUCGUCAAAUCCCCUCCUAGAAAAGCGACUGGCAAGAACAAGAAGCCAUCGAUCACAACAAGCGAACUGCAAAUGUCCUUGCAGCAAAGAGCAAGGCAGCAAGCUUUGCGUGAAAGAGAGGAAAGACUGCAAGCGUUGAGAGAGAAAGGUAUCAUCAUUGAGACACUUGAAGAACGAGAGAGAAACCUAGCCGAUGUGGAGGAUAUGAUCGCUAAAGCCAGGCGAGAAGGCGAAGAGAUCAUGAAGCGAGAAAGAGAGGCGGCGAAAAAAGAAAGGAAGGCUAACGGCGAGGCUGAUCCAUUAGGAGAAAGCAGUGACGACGAGGAUUGGGAGGAAGAAAAAGUGGUUACAGCUGAACUCUCAAUGGCAAGCUCAGAUGAGGAGAAUGAGGGAUCUGAGGAUGAAGACAAUGAUGCAAGUGGUGAAGAAGAGCAAGAUGAUGAGGAAGCGGAAGAUGAAAGCGCACCUCAUACCAACCCAAUGUUUGACGACGAGGCUGAUGAGAGCGACGGUCAAGAAGAAGAGGAAGCUGACUUGUCUAUUCCUGGAGCCGCGACAGACUCACGAGACCCCGACGACGACGAAGAUCUCGAGCAACCUGUUAAACCCAUCCAGCGACGAACUAGAAAAGCAGUGAUUUCUGAUGACGAAGAUAGUGAACAUGACCGUCAAACUACUAUCCAAUCCGUACCGCAAACACAAUCUCCUAUACAGGCGCAAUGGGAGUCGCCGGGUGCACCUAACUCGGUGCUGCGAUCUGCGACCAAAACAUUCAUACCUGGCGUCACUGUUGCUGGUCCUGCUGGUCUCGGUCUGACACAAAUAUUCGCAGGCACUAUGGAUGACAGCCAGUCUGGUGAAGAGACUCAAGCGGGCGGCCUUGAUUUUCUAAGGAGGAUGCCAGCACCAUCACUACCAGAUUUUGUGCCGACUAUGGAAGCAGAUACUCAAGAACAGGACGUGGCUAUGGAUGAUGAGCCUGAUAGCAUUCCAAAUUCUCAGCAGUUCGAUUCUAUUCCCGAAAGAAUUGAGCUUGACUUUACACCGUCACAGAUCCACGGAUUUGAUAGCCUGGUCCAGGAUAGCCAAAUGUCACAAUUUCCAGACCCCACACAAGAUGUUGGCUUUCAACAAACAACUCCUGUACGAAGAUUUGUUGACAUGCCCCCAUCAACAGUUGACACGGUACUUUUAGGGCCAGAUGCGGUCCCAGAGUCCACCGUGGAAACGCCAGUCGCUAAAAAGAAAGGCAAACUCCGCCCCAGAAAUCGGGUAGCUUCAUUCUCUGAUGACGAGGAAGCUGCGGAUCUCGACAUACAUCAGAAUUCUGGAGAUGAUUUCGACAUAGCUACUGCCUUUGACGUAAUGCGUAAAGCUUCCAAAAAGCGGAAGAAGACUGCUGCCGAGGAAUUUGACAAGAAAAACAGUAAAGCCAAGGACAUGGUCCACGAGCAGGCCGAUGAAUCAGAGGAUGAGUACGCUGGUUUGGGUGGUGCCAGUGACGAUGAAAGCGGAGGGGAGGAAGACGAGCUGGUGAAGGAGAUGAUUGACGAUGAAGGUGGAAAGGAUAUUGACGAACGCAAACUUGCUGCCUUCUUCGCUGAUCGUGAAAGAGCAAGCGAUGAGAAAGCAGUUGAGAAGCUUUACAAAGAUAUCACUAAUGGCAUGCUUCGCCGUAAAAGAGGAGCAGAUUAUGAUCUUUCGGAUUCUGACGACGGAGGAGAGGCAAGGAAACGAAGGAAACGAGCAGAGUUUGCUAAAAUGCGAAAAGCCCUACUAUCUGACGAGCGAAUAGGUAAAAUCGCUGAAAACCCAAAGAGACAAGCUUUCCUUCGUGCGAUCGAAGAUCAACGCAGUGACGACGAUAUGGACUUCUUGGAUGAGUAUGCUGAGGCUGAGACUACCGACUCGCAAUCUCAGACUCAAGAUGAGCAAUCGCAGCCAGUGGUACCCAAUACUCAACCGACAGAAAUGGGACCACCUCCACCGAGACAGCUAGGAAGUGUCUUGGAUGCGUCUAAUAGAGCUCCAGCACACCUACGUCGCACCAAACUUGCUAAGAGGCCGACAAAUCUCUUGGAGGUUCGGGAAUCGUUAUCUAGUCUUAUUGAAGAGCCCAACGCCCUCGGCCAAACCGUCGAUCUUGGCUCCGACUCAGAGGACGAGCUCGAAAUUGACGGAGAGCCGACAAAGGAGGGAAAGGAAAAUCGGAGUCGAGACCCUUUCGCUCUCCGAAGAAACAAAGUACCAGUCAUCGAUCGCAUCUCUCUUAAACGCCAAUCAUCUAGCACACUGUCGGCUAACGCCCGCCUGGCGUUUUCUGCUUCUAACGCGGCAGCUACUUUCAAAGCCCCUGCUUUGCUUAGAAAAGCAACCACCAACAGCAGUGUUGCUUCAACCACUUCGACUGUGGGCAUGGAGCGUAUGGCUGGUGGAUCCAGUGACGGCGUGAAGAGGGGCGGGGGCAAGAACAGUGGUGUCAAUUUCUUUGCGAGGGAAAAUGAAAGGAAGGCUAAUGUGGUCAAGACUGAGAAAAGGAGGGAACAGAAGAGAUUGAAGGGUGCUCAAGGCCGGAGAAAGGCGGUGGGCGGUUUGCUUGGAUCAGGAAGGUUUGAUUAG